AUGCCCCCUCGCUAUUGUCGCAUUGCUAUCAUCGGAACCGGGCCAUCGGGUCUGUCGACUGUCAAAGCUCUCCAAGAGGAAAAUAUCUUCGACACAAUUCGCGUUUUUGAACGACGCGACCGUGUCGGCGGAACAUGGCUCUACGAUCCUGUCGCUGGUCCAUUUAAACCACCUGGGCAGAAGGAAAAGCGAAAUGAAAUCCCAGCAAAGCUGCCCCAAUUUACCCCAAGCGUUUCAGAAGACACGACAACAGGGAUCUACAAUACAUUAGACAGUAAUGUCGGCGCCAAAGCAAUGGCAUUUACUCAUACGCCUUUUCCGGAGGUGAACUCGGCUCAAUCGGUCGAGAAACUCGGACGGGCAAAUCCAACGCGCCCAUUUCGUCUUGUCGCAGGGUAUCUGGAGGAUUUGUUCAAGGAUUACUUGCAUCUUGUCUCUUUCAACACAACGGUGGAAAAGGUAGAGAAGAAGGGAGAGGAAUGGAUUGUCACUCUUCGUCGGUCUGGACAGCUGCAUCAUGGCGAGCAUAGAGACUACUGGUGGCAAGAGACCUUUGAUGCUGUUGUCGUUGCCUCGGGGCACUAUAGUGUCCCGUUGAUUCCGGCUGUAUCUGGAUUGGAUGAGGCCGUCAAAGCCUUCCCCGGCAGAUUCGAGCACUCGAAAGCAUAUCGCGACCAGAAUGCGUAUGUUGACAAAAAGGUCGUCGUGGUAGGAGGUAGUAUCUCAGCAGCAGAUACUGUCGUGGAUCUGCAUGCCAUCGUCAAAGGACCGUUGCACGUCUCUCAGAGAGGAAAAAACGAAGCUCUUCAGAAUGCAUGGGAUCUACCAAAUGUUGAAAUAAAGCCCACCAUCCAACACAUCUCUGCCGACAAAAACGGAGUCACGGUGAAGUUCUCCGAUAACACUGAAGUCAGCAACAUCGACAAAGUCAUCUAUGCAACUGGCUACAGACUCUCAUAUCCCUUCCUCUCCCCAGACCCCGUCACACCCAACAACCGCGUCGCCGGGUUCUACCAGCACGUUUUCAAAAUCGGCGACCCAUCCCUCACACUCGUCGGCCAGGUUCGAGCAGCAAUUAGCUUCCGCGUCUACGAAUACCAAGCAGUCGCUGUGGCGCGGUACUUUGCCGGCCGAAACGCCAAGGAACUACCCAGUCCGUCUGAGCAAGAUCGCUGGGAAGUCGAUCGACUACAAUACAAGGGUCCUUCUGCUACCUUCCACGAGAUUAAACCCGAUUUCAACGACUACUUUAGCUUCCUGCGUGACUUGGCUGGCCCGCCAGCUCCAGGAACGAACGGGUAUGAGCUCCCGCCGUGGGAGGAUAAAUGGGCGGCACAGGGCUUUGAGAUUCUACAGCUGAAAGAUAAAUACUGGAAGGGAUUAAUCAAGGCAAAACUUUGA